CAGAUGGGCAGCCAUCGCUGCAUGUCAAGAUGCUGUUGGGCGCGGCAUAACGAACCGGCGUUCCAAGAGCUAUAUGAGGAUGGACAACGCUCGGAAUAAUUGGCAAUCCGCAUAGUCGUCCGAGAGCCAUUCGAGACAAAGCGAGUUUGAGAACCAACUUCAUCAACUCGAGCCAGAUCGACGGAGUUACAACAGUCAUGUCGUCGUAUGGGGAUCCAUCGCUGGAGACGACGAUUUUGAACAGUACAAACACGUAUCGUUUGCAACAUAAUGCUUCGACUGUUACUUGGAAUUCCACGCUCGCAGACUUCGCACAGGCGUAUGCCCAGACAUGCAAAUGGGAGCAUUCGGACAGUCCAUACGGAGAGAAUCUCGCGGCCGGAUACUCCUCACCUGGGCGGGCUAUCGAUGGAUGGUACCGGGAAUCAAGCAUGUAUAGCUACCGACAAUCGAGUUUCUCAGAGCAGACAGGACAUUUCACACAGCUCGUCUGGCAAAGGACCGACGCGGUCGGAUGCGGAGCCGCCCGGUGCAACAACAAUGAUAUCAAAGGUUGGUUUCUAGUCUGCGAGUACUAUCCACCAGGAAACGUCAUCGGCGCCUUCGCAGGGAACGUU